AUGGCUUCUCACUUUGACUUCGACGAGUCCAUCAGGGGCGCUCUGCCCUCGGACUUUACCUGGGGUUUUGCUACGGCCGCUGCUCAAGUCGAGGGUGCGUGGAACAAGGACGGCAAGGGCGAGUCCAUCUGGGACAAGUUCUCCCACACUCCAGGCAAAGUGAAGGAUGGAAGCACUGGCGACGAUGCCAUACGGUCCUACGACCUCUAUAAGACGGAUGUCGCGCUCAUGAAGAGGUACGGCGUCAGUGGUUAUCGGUUCUCCCUCUCGUGGUCACGCAUCAUCCCCCUCGGCGGGAAAGACGACCCCGUUAACGAAGCCGGCAUCGCAUACUACAAUCGCCUUAUAGACGAACUGCUCGCCAACGGCAUCAUACCCUACGUCACCCUCUUUCACUGGGACACCCCGCAAGCCCUCGAAGAUCGAUACGGCGGCAUGUUGGACAAGGAAAAGUACACGCCCGACUUCGUCCGUUACGCUCGCGUAUGCUUCGAGCGCUUCGGCGACCGAGUCAAGGACUGGAUCACCUACAACGAGCCCGGCGUCUACACCCUCGCGGGCUACGCCGCCGGCGUGCACGCCCCGGCCCGGUCGAGCUUCCGCGAGCUCAAUCCGGAGGGCGACUCGUCCACCGAGCCCUUCAUCGUCGCGCACACCGAGCUCGUCUCCCACGCCUACGUGGCCGACUUGUACAAGAAAGAGUUCAAACCGACGCAAAGGGGCAAGAUCAUGAUCACGCUGCACGGGAACUGGUCCGAGCCCUGGGACGCAUCGGAUCCUCUCGACGUCGAAGCCGCGCAGCGGGCCCAGGAGUUCGAGAUCGCGUGGUUCGCUGACCCGCUAUACAAGACGGGCGAUUAUCCGGCUUCCAUGCGCGCACAGCUCGGCGACAGAUUGCCGCGGUUCACCCCCGAGGAGAGCAAGCUCGUGCUGGGUAGCUCCGAGGCGUACGGCAUGAACUCGUACAGUGCGUUUUACGUCAAGCACCGCGAUGGCCAGGCCGACAUUAACGACCACAAGGGCAACAUUGAGCAGUUUGACGAGAACAAGCAGGGCGUGCCGCGCGGGCCGAGGAGUGAUACGGACUGGCUGCGCAAGACGCCGUGGGGAUGGGCCAAGUUGCUGCGAUGGAUCUGGAACCGGUACCAUGUGCCCAUCUACAUCACGGAGAACGGGACCACGGCGCAGGGCGAGCAUGAUUGGAAGCCCCAAGGGCCGGAUGAUGUUCUCGAAGAUCCGUUCCGCAUCGACUUCUUCGAAAGGUACCUGACAGAGGUGGCCAAGGCUUCGCAGGAGGGCAUUAUCAUCAAGUCCUACUUUGGCUGGACGUUGACCGACAAUUGGGAGUGGGCGGCAGGGUUCUCGGACAGGUUCGGCGCGACAUGGAUCGACUUUGAAAGUCCGGAGAAGACGCGCUACCCAAAGAGGUCGGCGCUAUUCCUCGGAGGUUUUUUUAAGCAUUUGAUUCGCAACUAA